ACUUGACUCUUAUUUUUAUUUUAGGGUAUCGACAUUACCCAUAGGUUUGACAGAAAAACUGGAAGAAAGGAGCCCAAAAGUCAGGAUAUCUAUCUUCGACUCCUUGUAAAACUUUACAGAUUUCUGGCAAGACGUACAAAUGCCAAGUUCAACAAGAUAGUUUUAAAACGUUUGUUCAUGAGCAAGACAAACAGGCCUCCUUUGUCAUUGGCCAGAUUGGUUCGUCUUAUGAAGAAGAAAGGACGUGACAACAAGACAGCUGUAGUUGUAGGAACUAUUACUGAUGAUGUUCGUAUAAUGGAGAUACCCAAAAUAAAGGUAUGUGCCCUUAGAGUAACAGAGAGAGCAAGAGCAAGAAUUCUGAAGGCUGGUGGAGAAAUCAUCACAUUUGAUCAGCUGGCCCUCAGGUCACCUAGAGGAAAGAAUACUGUUAUUGUUCAAGGUAGAAGGAAAGCCAGGGAAUCUUACCGUUACUUUGGUGCUGCUACAGGUGUUCCACACAGUCAUACAGCACCAUUGGUUCGCUCAAAGGGAAGGAAAUUUGAGAGAGCUAGAGGACGUAGGAAGAGCAGAGGAUACAAGGCCUAAGCAGAAAUUAAUGUGUAUAGACAUUAAAAGAGAUGAUGAAGAAUUA